AUGAACGUGCUGAUACUUCUCGGUCUAUUAUUCUUUGUUCCUCUCCUUUUCUGGCUCGUCUUCUUGGCACUCUCGUCCUGCAUGGGUGAUCGAUUUCGUGCCCGCGUUGCAGGUAUACCUGUUACGUUCAAUCCCCGACACGCUACAUUUGGUCGCCAGUAUACGCGUGGCUUUGGCUCCGGAGCUGGUAGCGCUGGAUGGGAGCAGAUUGAGAUGGAAGACAUGCUUGGUGAGGAUAGCGAGGACGAAGAUUGA